UUCAUUUCAGUGUUUCCAAACCAACUCUAAGCUGCUCAAGCAGGAAACUCUGUUUCUGUUUCCUCCGCCUCAGUGUGUGUGUGUGUGAAAAAGAUCUGGAACAGUUGUUUUACUUCAGAAGAACAAUGAGCACCAAACGCAUUCUUGCAGUUUUAUUCUUCUGUGGCUUCGCUCUGCCUACUGAUUGUGAAAAGACAUGUGAAAAGAGCAUGCUAGAGGGGGUUACCUGUCUCAUUAAAUCGCCAGAUAAAAGUGGUAAAGUGGUAGUUGAUGAAAAAUGGAGCUUUACCUCCAGUAGUUCAUCAUUUGUAGUUCAGCGGAAAAAUGGUAAAGAUGUGAAAACAUUUCCUAAUGCAACAAUUGAAUCAGAUGGAUCAUUAAAGCUUCAUCAUGUUACAGUGAGCAACACUGGCAAAUAUACAUUUGAAGCUUAUGAUACUAAAGACGAAAUGGUUGCAAAUCAUAAAGAGGAAAUUACAGUUUACGCAAAAGCCCCUAAUCCCACUGUGACACAUAAAUGCGAGAAUGGAAGUGUCAGGCUCACCUGUGACACUCAGAAGAAUGAUAAAACAGAUUUAACCAUAACGUGGAUUAGAGGAACAGAAGAUAUAAAGGGUGCAAAUAAAGCUAUUCUAGUCCAGACAUCACAACAAUUACAGGAGAACACGGAGUAUUCAUGCCGUGUAAGCAACAUUCUUAGCAAUGCACAAAGUGACGUUUUAACAGUAUCAUGUGGUACACCUUGUACACUCUUUGGCUAUGAUUGCUCGAUAAUGGUGGGCAUUCUAUCGGGUGGAGGAGCUCUUCUUCUGCUGCUCAUAUUUCUUUUUGUGAUCUGUGCAUGUCUUGGUUGUAAACAACGAGAGAAAGAUGAAGAGGAGCUCAGACUGAGGAGUUUCGACACUUCACCCACUAAUCAGCAAAGAGCCAAAGUUACUGCACGAGGUCAACCAGCACCCCCCAUCCCGCAAGAAGAUUCCUAUCCAGCCACACAAACCCCACCUCAAACACAAAGUCAAACCAAAGGCCUGGUCCGAGCCCGACCUCCACCACCCCCGCAGGAUGAAGAUGAAGAAGACCCUCCUCCGUUACCUCGGCCGAGAAAGAAACGUGAGAAGAGAGCUGAAGAACCGUACCGACCGAUGGAAUGACUGAAUCCUGUGACUGAUGUGAUGAUGGUAAGAGUAACGUUAUAAGGACACAUGUUUACUCAUUCUCAUACAACAACACAUCCUGGACUUCAUACUGACAUCUAUGUGAAGCUUUCAGCAAUUCCACCAAGACCUUUUGUUUUUGAGUUUUACCAUCGAGAUAAAUGCAUUUAAACCAUCAUCUAAAACAAACAGCUCUCAGAUGAAUCUGCAUCAACUCAUGUGAGUUCACUUCAUUUAAUAAAGGAUUUUACGAUUAUUUUGUGUAGCUCAAAACUUGUUUAUAUUGUAUGAAAAAAUAAUAUUAAAAAAAGACUAAAUGUAAACGUAAAUGAGUACAAAGUUAACUCUGGCUGACGUAUGAUAGGCUUUUAUUUAAAAACUGAAAAUAAAAGUUAUAAUGUACCAAUGUCUGUAUCCGUGCAUACGUAUGUAGUAAACAGAUCAGCUGAUCUCACUUUGGAACACUUGACUAUUUUACCAGGUGACAGUUUUGUAUGAAGUUUAUUAUGGAAAAGCAAGAAUGAAGCUCUAACCGUAACAUCACUGAACAUUAAUGUGUGUCAUGAAUUAAGACCUCAAUUUUAACCCGAGCUUUUGUUAUAUAAGAGGGAAUCGUAUUCAAGCGAACAUCCUGUAAGUGUCAAAACUGAAAACGCCCUUGUAACUGAGAUUACAACCAUUACUGACACCAGGCCCAUCGAACGCCAGGUCCUGGAAUGCACCUAUCUAUCAUAGAUAGGUUGAACACCGCCUCCACAGAAGAAUAUCAACGACUACUUCUCUAGCCCCGCCCACUGGUUCGCGCAUGACAGUACUGAAGAAACACAAGUUGCGCGGAACCAGAUAGAGCGAGCAAGCAAUAAACAUUAAAUAUUUCAAAAUAUUGUGCAGUGCCUGGUUGUGGAAGAACACAGUCGCUGCAUAACCUUCCUUCGGAUUCCCACAUUAGUAAUGCGUGGCUGAAGUUUAUUUUUAAAGAGGUUCCAGCUCACUUGGGUAAAACAUGGAGUGUUUGUUCGCUUCGAUUCCUUUUUGAACAAAGCACAGGUCGAUGCUGGAUUGCCGGAGAGACUAAAAUUAAAAAGCAGUGCUGUGCCGUCAAUAUUGGAUCCGAUAGGAAUGGCGCAGCAAUCUUAUGCGAGUAAAACAUUUUUGUACUAAGCGUCACUAUUGCUUUGUUAGAGAUCGCUUGAUAUGCCCUGAGCCCAUAUUCGCACGGGAUUAGUGUUACCUGGGGACCGCUAGUCAUUAAUUGCAGAGGUGCAGAUCUUAAUCCCGUGCGAAUCGGCCAUGUCUGUAAUUUGUAAAGUAAAAAUACCCCCACAAAUUUCCUACCAUAUUUUGACGAACACCGAGGUCCUGUGAUAAUAUUAUUCCCGUGCGAAUCGGCAUCUCUGUGAUUUGGCGGGCUCAUAUAUCAUUUUUCAAGGUUUUAUCCACCGUUUGCGAAUAAUGGAGGCUGUUUUGGUAUUAUUUCGGGUGCUGGGUCAUAUCCACACCUGCCAACACUGUCGUUUUGGCUGGGAGUCCCCCGUUUGUUUAUUUAUCAUGGAAACUCUCGUAACAUUUGAGACCCGCGAUCGCUGUGAUCUUCUGUCCGGUUCCCGAUCAUGGGUCUCAAAUGCUGACAGGUACGGUCAUAUAUCAUUAAACACCAUACAACUAUAGGCUAUACAAACUAUACGCAAAGCCUUGCCAUCACAUCCUGGAAAUAAGUCAGUACAUUUGAGUACAAUCACAGGCUUCACUUAUCCCAUGCGAAAGCGCCACAUGAAAUACAGAUGCGGCGAGGUAAUUUAUAAAUCACAGGAGGUCCCCAGAUAAUACUAAUCCCGUGCGAAUAGGGCGAAUGUGUAACCUAACAUUUCGUCUCUAACCAAAUUCACAGAAGGCUCCAACUAAGUUUACUACGCAAACUGCUAUCCAAUCAUAGCAGUGGGCAUUUACUUCCAAGUCUUCAUGGCGGAACGCCCAUUCAAACAGAGCGUUUGAUGAGACGGCCUCAAAACCCGGGUAUAAAAUAGCCUAUUACUCUUUGUUUUUGAUGUUUUUGAACGUAAAAACCACGCGAACGUCAUAAGUAGACCUCAUACAACUGUUCAUGACACCUUUAAAAUGUAUGAAUGACAUCAUACAAAUUCCUAUGAAUGGGCCUCUUAAUAAAUAAUUGAGAUUGUGUUGAAAUAGAAUCACAGAAGAAUCAAUAAGAUCUAAAGUUAGAUGCUGACAAUAUUAAGACAAUUAUAAACCAUUGUGUUCACACUUCAUGAUGGCAGAUGCACACAAAGCGUUUUUUUGAAUCUGAAGUGUGAAGGUUUUGAGGGAUGUGGUUUCUCUUUUAACACGUCAGCCCUUUCUGCAUUGUUUCUGCUGUUUUCCUGUGCGUGGGAGAUCUGCACCAAACUCUUCACAUACACGCUCACAUCAGCGCCUGUUUUUCCUGAAGAUGAAGAAUUAUUUUUGUAACGAUUAUUCAUCUCAAUUCUCGCUUUGUACUCAUUCUAUCCGAUACACGUUAAAAAAUGAGCCAUAGCUUAGGUCAACCCUGACGCCAUUUCUGCAAAACCAUCAACUCAUUGAAUUCAAAUGAUUUUUGUGAUGGUUUGCGUGACUUUCGACUCCAUGAGUUUACUCUCCUUCCAUCUUGAAAGGUUGCAGAAACACGAUCAUUAUUUUGGGGUUCAUCCAAACAGAGACAUAAUACAAAAAUUAAUCUGUCAACAUUUGAGUUUACUUUAGACAAAAGACGCUCGUUGAAGUCCAUCAGUGAGGAGGAAGAUUUUUCACAAGUAGACAACAUUCAAGACAGAUGACCAUCUUCAAAGCGCUGGAAGAGACCGCAAAUGCACUCCGAGGUCAGAGAAAAUGCAAAAAACUGUACAGGCCAAGUUAAAGUUGAUGACUAGGAAGAAAUACCUGGGUAAAGUCUCUUCUCUAUUAAAAGAACACGGUGCACGGCUUAUGUUUGCAAAGGUAUAUCUACAGGAACCACGAGACUUCCGGAACAUUUGGAAAGACGAGACCAAUGUGGAGAUGUUUGGUUAUAUAAAGUGAAAACAACACAAACACCUCAUCCCAUCUGUCAAGAGCCGUAGUGGAUUUGUGUCUGUUUUAUAGCCGCAGGCGUUCAAAUGACUUAGUCCAAAUCUACACUUUGACCCGACUGAACCUCUGUGGAGCUGAGCAUAUAAAUGACCACAAACACCUCACUGAACUGAUGCAGACUGAGACAAAAUACAUGACAGAAAACUGUGAACUUUACUAGAUUCUCACACACGGCAGCUUCUUCAUUUAGGGUUAGUUUAUGUCAAAUCGAUAAUGAAACAUCAUGUGGUGCUGUGAAGUUAAGACCUGCAAUGACCAAAUUAUUUUAUUAUGUUUUUUUUUUCUUCAGAUGUUCAUCUGUUGAACAGUUGUCAGUGAGUACAGGUGACCUCAAACACAGCCAACCUGCUCAUGUCAUUUAACUUUAUAUACUGUAUAUUAUUAUACUGUAAAUAUACACAUACACUCUGUUGUAUCUGCAGAACUCAAGACUUAUUUGGAGAUGUAAGGCAAACUUAAACAAAUAAUUGUUAAGGUCCCAGUGAAAUUAAAAAUUACAAUUUCUAUUUUUUCAUGAAAUAUUGCAGCGUUUAUUGUAAAUAGUUGAUCAAUGUGGGUCAUUCUCUUCUUAAAAAUCGUGUGCCUUUAUAAUCUUCAAUUAAAAUCUGAAAAAUGCACUUCUUUCCUGUAAUGACUGUCCAUCUUAAAUGAGGUAUGUUCGACGGCUUGGGCGGAGCAUCCGUUAACCCCUCCCCUUUAACUGUCAGUCUGCUGCCAGUUCCAUUUAAAAAUGCAACGGCUGUUUUUAUACAUCCAAUCAAAUCGCAAAGAAAGACGAAAGCCACGCCCACGAUUUUUCUCAUUCGAAAUUCCAUUUCACUCUGAAAUGCGUCAAAAUACACGAUCGCAACUUCAGGGAUUUUAAAUAAGUGAAUUGUCAUUUGCUUGAACCCUCAGAUUCUCUUCAUUAGAUUUAUUGUGAUCUUCAUGGAUAAAUUUGUAUAUGGAUCCCAAAGACAUUUUAAAGA